UAUUCCACACCAAGACCAUAUACAUUUAUGGUUGUGGACGCUAUACAGAGAUUAUUUUCUAACUUUCUACAGCCAAUUGGAACCCUUUUAUUUGGAAAAGGUCGGAGCUAAACUCAGAUAAAAGCAAUGGUAUAAUUAAUGUGAUUGGUUGUGAGAUGUAAGAAUUUUGCAGAAAAGUAUCAUUCAUAAACCAUAUACCAACAAAUAAGAUCGUGUUCUCCAAAUUUCUCAGCCUUGUUUCCCAACCAGCUGUAUGUGCAUAACUGCAUAUACUUAUCUUAUUGGCAAAACAAGUAAGUUUAGAUAGAACCUAGAAGCCAAAUUCUUCUAUGAGAGUGCAUGAUUUAUUUUGUUCAUUUCAUUUUCUACCUUAACACAUCCAAAUAUAGCAAUCUUCAUCAAUCAUGCCACCAACAGUGUCAUCUACUUUUGAGUCUGAGAGGGAACCUGUGAGAUAUGUGCACACAGUUUCAGAGUCAGGUCGACUUCUUCCUUCAGCGAGCCGCUGGAACUCCAUAGCACUAGACUUUAAACUUGCUCCUAAUUCUUCCACCGCCUAUGAAUCUAUCCCUUCACAAUAUCCAAAAUCUGUUGACUUCAAUCUUGCUAUCACUGACAGGAAGCACUUUCAUAUUUUUAUUUUUGUUUUGGUAGCAAUAAUUUUUGCCAUCUUGGCAGCUGUUCUGCUGGCACACUUUUUACCUCAGAAGCACAAGCAUCAAGGGUCUUCAAUCAAUCUCAAACUGGCAAUAAACCAGGCUCUAACGUUUUAUGAUGCUCAAAAAUCUGGACACUAUCCAAGGAACAGUCCAGUGAAAUUUAGAGGAGAUUCAGGAUUACAGGAUGGGAAUUUGGCUAAGACUGAUCUUACUGGUGGAUUUUAUGAUUCUGGCAACAACAUUAAGUUUACCUUCACCACAGCUUAUACUAUGACCUUGUUGAGUUGGACUGUUAUUGAAUAUCAUAGUAAAUAUGCUGAUAUUGGUGAGCUUGAUCAUGUGAGGGACAUCAUCAGAUGGGGUAGUGACUACCUGCUCAAGGUGUUCAUUCCCCCAAGUUCAACAGCUGGAUCAAACCUUACACUGUAUUCCCAGGUUGGAAGUACCAUUAGUAAUAAUAACAAUGAGCAAAAUGAUGUGAGUUGCUGGCAACGACCUGAAGAUAUGACAUAUGAGAGACCAGUUUCAAUUUGUGAUGCCUCUGCUUCAGAUUUAGCUGGUGAAAUUGUGGCAGCAUUAUCUGCAUCAUCGAUGGUAUUUGAAGAAGACAAGGAUUACUCAAGGAGACUUAUCCAAGCAGCAGAAAGCCUCUUUGAGGCGAUCACAAGUGAAGAUCCUACAGAACACGGGACCUACACCAUGGUUGAUGCAUGUGGAAAACAAGCAAGAAUGCUUUAUAACUCAACUAGCUACAAAGAUGAGUUGGCUUGGGGAGCAACUUGGUUAUUUCUUGCUACUGAAAACGCUGAUUACCUUGCAACUGCAACUGAAAUUUUUUUAUCAGCCAAGGGUGAUGAACCAAGUGUUGACAAAGGGGUUGUUUAUUGGAAUAACAAGCUCAAUGCUGUGGAGAUUUUGCUUACCGGUAUUCGAUUCUUCCGUGAUCCUGGCUUCCCACAUGAGGAUGCUUUGAAACUCUCAUCAAACUCUACCGAUGCCCUCAUGUGUUCUUAUCUAUUCAAUAAAUACUUUAGCAGGACACCUGGUGGAUUGAUUAUCCUGAAACCAGAUAAUGGUCCAUUACUCCAGUAUGCUGCUACAGCAUCCUUUCUCAGUAAAUUGUACAGUGAUUACCUUGAUCAUCUCAAAAUGUCUGGUGCAAGUUGCAAGACUGAUGCAUUCUCGGUGGAAAUGCUUCACGAUUUUGCUACUUCUCAGGUUAGCUACAUCUUGGGGCAAAACCCUAUGAAAAUGAGUUAUUUGGUGGGCUAUGGUGACAGGUUUCCUCUCCAGGUUCAUCACAGAAGUGCAUCAAUCCCUUGGAAUAACCAACCCUACCGUUGUGAAGAUGGUAAGAAAUGGCUAAACUCUAAAGAUCCAAAUCCACAGGUUCUUUUGGGAGCCAUGGUGGGAGGACCAGACACUAAUGACAAUUUCGUGGAUCAAAGGACCAACCAAAAGUUCACUGAGCCAAACAUAGCAAGCAAUGCUGGCUUAGUUGCAGCACUUAUUGCACUUCAAGAUCCUCCUUAUAAUUCACGUGACUUGAAAAACUCAUUGUGGGGAUGGACUUGAUCUAUAUUUGAACAUGUCCAUUGGAACAUGUGCAUUGAACAUCAAUCAUUUGAUUGAUGGAAUUUUAAUCAUGCUGUACUUGUCAUCUAAUGUAAAGUUCACUCAACUACCAUGCAAUUUUGUGUGAGGAAAGACCUGGAAAUAUAAGAUUUUUUACGCAAUGAAUGUAUGAUUAUUCAAUUGAGUGUAUUCACUCGUGAAAUUAUUGUGAAAAAUAAAAAAAAAAUCUGUUCGUGCGGACCA